AUGAAAGGCUCUUCACGGGCUCCCCUUGUUCUUCCUGCCUCUCUCCCGUCUUCUCUCCUUCGGCCUCUCUCUUCCCUUUCCUCUCCUGAUCACCGCCUCGCCUCCGCAUCACAUUCCCGGGCGGCGCCAGUACUUCCCCUUUCCGCCCGCCACGCCCUGCUCGACCCGCUCUUCCUCUCCGCGCCACUCCCCUCGCUAGACGCCGCCCUCCCCCUCCUCUCGCUCUCCCCCUCCAUUUCCGCCUACACUGCGCCCCUCCCUACCUCCCUCCCUCCCUCCCUCCCUCCCUCCCUCCCUCCCUCCCUCCCUCCCUCCCUCCCUCCCUCCUCCCUCCCACCCCCACCCCUUAUCCGUUUAGGCUGCUCCUCAUCGCCAUCUUCUGGCUUGCCUGACGAGGAGACUGCCAAAGAAGCCGUCAGGCCAGGAGGCUUAGAGGGCCCGCCUGCAGCUUCUCCUCCUCACACGUGUCCAAACGUUACUGGAGCAGGGAGCAUGCACGACCCCUUCCGACCUUCCCUCUUCCCGCUUCUGAGUCAUCCCCGUCUCUGGUCAGUCUUGAGCCUCCUUGCCCAACCAGUCACUGGAUCUCGUCCCUCAUCUGCCAAUCUCUCACCACCACUGCCACCACCACUUUCACCCUUUUUCCCCCUUUCCACUCUCUGCCUUAAUCCCUUUGCCUCUUUUCCCCUCUCUGCCUCCUUCCCCCUUUCCUCCUUACAAACUCCACCUGAGAGGACCCCUCCCCACGCGCCACAGGGGAUUUCUCGUCAGCCAGAACAGCGCAUAUCUCGCUCGGACAGUGCACGCCCCUCGCCGUCGCAGAGCUUCUCCCAUCGCCCUCACCCCCCUCUCUCCUUACCUUCGGAUGCGCCUCUCCACUCGCCGUCGCAGCUUCUCUUGUCGCCAUCGCUGCGCCGCCUCUCCCCUCGCCGUCACAGCGCCCUUCCCGUCACUCUCGCCACGCCUCUUCCCUCGCCUCUCAUCUCUCCCCACGCCGUCACAGUGCCUCUCCCCCUUUCCGCCGCAGUGCCUAUUCCGGGGGUGUAA